AUGACACGUGGAAGACAUCGACAUCUUGCACCGCCAUCGAAAGUGGCUAAAGUAAAUCUUCGCUUCUUUGGUCAUAUCUUAAGGAGACCGGCAGAUCGCCUUGUUCAACGAGUUCUGAGGAGUUCGUCGGGUUCGAGCUGGAAGAAGCCACCUGGCCGAAAACGGAAGUUCUGGACUGAGGUGGUGAAAGAGGACCUGAGGACGCUCGGCGUGGAUAGGCAGUUCAGACGAGACGUAAGGUUUCGCAGAAUAUGGAAUAGCGACGAAUGGAUUGAUUCUGUGCAAGCUCUCGGAGAAGAUCGAGAAGGUUGGGCAGAGCUGUGUUCAAGGACGGCACACCUCGGCGAAGAUGCGGGUAAUCGCGUCAGGCGAUGA